CAUUGGUUACUUGUACUUGCCACCGUUGCAGCGGUGUCUGCAGUGCCGCCUCUACCUACCAAUGCAAGAGUAUGUAUCGAACGAUGUAAUUGUAAAUUCAGCAAGUUGCCGAGCAGGCUACAAAUCAUAGAUUGCGAUGGACCGCUCGUUCUCAACGCGACCACUUUCCAGUACAUAUCUAAGAUCGCCGUUAACGUAAUCACCUUGGAGAAUGUAAUCAUCAACCAGAUCCAAGAGGAUGCCUUCAGGGAUUUCAAAAAUUUGGACGAUAUCAUUAUUGUCAAAUCAAAAAUCGGUUCAAUCGACGCGAAAUCUUUCAACAACGUAGAAAGGCUAAAGUUUCACGAUUGUGGCUUUGAAGAUAGUCCUGACCUCUUUUCUGAAAAGCUGCUGGAAGUUCACUUUGGUAGCUGUCACCUAGAGCAAAUUCCCAAUUUGAAUGGCUUACUCAGCCUCACCUUUCUCAACUUGAGCGGCAACUAUAUUAAAAAUCUGGAAAUAGAGUCAUUUGCUGAGUUGUUCAGUUUAGAAGAGUUGUACCUGUCAAACAACGAGAUUUUCAAGCUUCCGCCAACUAUCUUCAUCAACAAUCAAGCACUGAAUAAUUUAAAUCUGGAUAAUAACCCCAUUAGGAAAUUUUAUUUGAAUACUUCUGAAAAUCUUGAAACGCUUUCAUUGAAAAACUGUCAGUUGGAGGAGUUCGAUGAAGAGUCCACACGUAAACUUUCCACGCUCAACGAAUUGGUCCUUAGCCACAAUAACAUUAAGAAAAUAUCCAGCAAGGCUCUAUCUCACAUGAAAGAGUUGGCUGUCCUCGACUUAUCGUACAACCAAUUGACAACAUUGAAUGAUGAUAUUUUCUCCGAACAUACGCAGCUAAUAAAGGUUACCUUGGAUGGAAACAACUUCAAAACAUUGCCAAACUUCUACCUAAAAAAUGGAAAUAGCUUCUCAUUGUACACCUUCUCAUGCAAACAAUGUGGACUGAAAACCUUAUCAAGUUCCGUUUUCCAACACAUGUCUGGUAUAAUAAAUCUUGUGCUGUCUUACAACAAAUUUAUGAAUGUCGAUAACAUUUUCGAGAAAAUCGUAAGUUUGAAGUUACUCGACAUAUCGUACAACAGUAUCACGUACCUUUCACCAACGGCAUUCAUGCACAAUCGUAAUUUGGAGAAUCUACACCUGGCUGGAAAUCCGUUGAAGGUACUCAAUCCUGAGGUGUUCUACUACAACAGAGUUCUCAGAGAAAUUGAUGCCAGAAACGCUUCUCUAACCAAACUCUGGUCCAACACUAACAAACCAGUUAAGUCUCUACACAAGUUAUUGCUUGGAGGAAAUCAGCUGGGAACUCUUACCAAGGAUGACUUAGAUAUUAUGCCUUUUUUGGAAGCUAUCGAUCUUAAUGAUAAUCCCCUAAUUUUCGACGACAAACUUUGCAGUGUCAUACACAGACUGGAAUUGAAUGGGGUCUCGCCCAUUGAGUAUACCAAGGAUUUCUUCAACAGCUUUGAAAAAACCUAUGGAGAAGACAUUGACGGAUUCAGUACUAUUGACUGGAAGGAUUUCCAUCACAAUACUUGUCCCGAAGUAACCACCAAAUAUAUUCCUAAAGAAAUUGAGGUUAGCAGCAUGGAUUCGAAAAUUGAAAACACCUCAGAGGAUGACGAUGAUUCAUACAACUACGACUACAAUUAUGAAGACGAUGGCGAGGAUAUAGAUUCGGAUGAUUUGGACAAGUUCAGCCCUGCCGCUGGUGAUACUUACCUGCUAGAAGGCGGAAAUAAUUCGUUGACUGGAGAUUCGUAUAUGCUCGCUGUUGCACUAGCUUUCGUUCUCAGUGCUGUGGUGGUUCUUACAGUUGCUGUUACCGUGACCUUGUGCAUACUCCGAAGAAACAACAACUUCAACAUGCAAAAAGCGAACCUUCCAAGGCUGAAGAUUCCCUUGUGGAAUACCACUCCUGGUCAGAAGAAACACAGCGGGUCUAUCUAUAGACCGCUGUCGGAGGACCUUUCAGGUCCUAAAACUCCGAAGUUGAGUCGCUAUGAUUUCACUUCGGUUCCAACUGUGCAUUCUUCCAGUCCUCAAGAAUAAUUUUGGAUGAAAUAUUUCACAGCGCUUGGCUUUUAAACGUUACUUUUUGUAAAUAUAUCCGAGCCAGGUUUUGAUCUAUUUAUUAUAAAGAAUAGUAAUAUAUGUAGACGCCGACCACCA